AGUUGAUAAUGAGCGUUCUGGUAUAUAAAGACACCAGUGCACUAAAACGUUAUCAGUUGCAUAACCGGCAGACCAACACCACAUAGGACGCACAAUGCCCAAGAAAGGUCUUCUAGAGCGCCUACAGAAUGGCGGCAAUGUCAUCAUGGCUGAAGGCUUCGUGUUUGAGUUUGAGAGAAGGGGCUAUCUACGCGCAGGCCCGUUUGUUCCAGAGGUGGUUCUGGAUUAUCCACACCUUGUCAGAAGUCUGAGUGAGGAGUUUGUCCACGCUGGAAGUGAAGUCGUCCUGGCGUUUACUUAUUAUGGCCACCGGGAGAAGCUGAGGCUGAUCGGGAAGGAACAUCUUCUGGAGACACUCAACAAGGAUGCUCUGAAGAUUGCGAAGGAAGUGGCUGACGAGUCCGGGACGCUGAUGGCGGGGAACAUCUGCAACACUACUGUCUACAGGAGCAACAGCCCGGAGCACAUAAAACAGGCUGAGGCCAUAUUCAAGGAACAAAUUGAGUGGGCGGUUGAAUACGAUGCGGAUUUUAUUUUGGCUGAGACAUUCCCAGAAAUUGGUGAGGCUCUCCUUGCCCUUGAAAGUAUCAAGAAAUAUGGAAAAGGUAGACCAGCCGUUAUCAACAUCAGCGCCAUUGCUGGAAACAAAACUCUCGACGGUGUCCCCUUCACGGAUGCCUGUCGCCAGCUGGAAGAGGCCGGGGCCGCCGCUGUCGGCCUCAACUGUUUCAGGGGCCCCGCCACGAUGUUACCCCUGCUCCGAGACAUUCGCCGUGUAUGCAAGGGCCCUAUCGCAGCGUUGCCUGUUCCCUACAGAACCUCUAGGGACUUCCCAACAAUGCUUUCCCUGAUUGACCCCUUCACAGGUAAGCGGGCGUUCCCCGACGUUUCCUCCCAACUCUGUGGUGUGGCAGAAAUAACGGCGUUUGCGAAGGAAUGCAAGGAAAUUGGUGUUCAGGUCAUCGGUGUCUGCUGCGGCAACACUCCUGCCAUGACCAGAGCCGUCGCCGAAGUGUACGGCCGUACUCCCCCCGCCUCCAAGUUCUCCCCAUUCAUGGAGAAGCACUUUAUCUUCGGGAAGGACAAGUCGGACUACUUCUCUGAUGAUUACUAUCUGUCCAAUCUGAGUGCUGCGGUCAGCAAAGCUCCAUGAACAUUUUUUAAAAUUCAAACUUAAUUAUCAUGUUUAACGUUUGUAUCAAACAGGCUGAGAUGAAAUAAAUAGGUUGGUAUUAUACUAAUAAAAAGUCGUCCUGUUGAAUGCACAAUUCUGUUCUUUAAAGUGUUGUUCAUAUAUGUAAAAACUGACAUCCCCCAUGCUUGAUAAAAGAGUCGAGCUGUAGGUAUUUGAUAUGUAAUAUGUAAGUAUUUAAACUAUUUGUCUCUUUAAUCUAUAUCUGUGCUAUGAUCCAGUUAUGACCAGUAACUGUUUGACAAAGGGUCUCCAUUAUUCACGCGACACCUUCAUAAAUAUGCAGUAUGUGUACAUCGCUCCUGUCUAAGUCCAAGCAAAUUUACCGGCAUGCCAUGCACCACAACGUCUUGCCACUUGUGUACGUUGUAAUGCAUACUGUGGUUAGUGAAUAAAGAAGUCAAUGUCG